AUGCCUCCUGCGGGAAGUAUCCAGCGUCCUACGGGAGACGCAGGGCGACGACUAAAAGCGUCCGUUUGGAGACGCAGCCCACUAAAAAAGCGUCCUAAGGGAGACGCAGGGUGCGCCAGGAAUUUCUUAAAAGGAGGUCUCCAUGCCUCCUGCGGGAAGUAUCCAGGUUCCUAUCCGUUUCCUAAGGGAGGCAGGAUAGCCACACAGUUGCCCAUAAGUAGCGUCAUUCGGGAGACGCAGGGCGACGACCAAGUCAUCCUAAGGGAUAUGCAGAACACGUUCGAAGUCCUUCAAGGGGAACCCCAGCACUCAUGA